GGCUAGCAUUUGUUUUGUUCCUGAGUUUCGUUCACACAUGCCCGGAUCUAAGAUGGCUCCAUUGAUAUGGUUUAUGUGUCUGUAUUUCCUCGCUCAACAAGUCACUUCAGGUUCUGAAUUAAUACAGGGAAACCAGGUACUGUCAGCAUUGACCACACCACUUCCGGCCCACGUGACUGGUCCUAUACCAUCAACAUCUCGCCAUAUCUCGUCCACUGUCCUGCCGUCGUGUGAGUUUAAAACGUUAUGUAACUACAUCAGUUACCAUGACGACCACACUAACAUCAGCUGGGUAUUGGCUAAUGCUUCAUACAGACCAAUGAGCAACUUUUGGGACCCCCAUGCUUUGGAACAAACCUCCUACGUGUACCUGGAUGUCAGACACGGCGCCCCCAUGGGAAGUAAAGCAAUGUUGAGUGCUGAGAUAGGAAGUGACGUCACUGCCAUCAAUGUCCAGUUCCAUUACGCAAUCUCUGGUAGGGACAAGUACAGCCUGAAAGUCUAUCUCCAGUCUACACCAGGCUAUGGUCCAAACUACACAACUGAUGACGUCGUCUUUAGUUUAGACAACAUCAGUGCAGCUUUUACCUGGCAAAAUGCCACGUUUUCUACCUGUGUCAAUGGCAGACGUUAUAUUUCCUUUGAAAGUUCAAAAGCUGGAGGUUAUGCCACUGUAUCGAUUGAUGGUAUUGACAUUACACCAUCUAAAAUGGAAUGUGAUUUAGUCCAAUCAGAUUUAGUAACAACACCAUCCAUCACUUCCACAGUGACCACUACCACUACACCAACAACAACCAACACAUCAACAACUAUGUUUACAUUAAUAAAUCAUACCCCUUCAAUAAUGACCACCAACACACCAAAAACCACCUUUCCAACAAAUGCCACCAUACGUACAUCCCCCUCUACCCCAUCACCAGACAAUUAUUCUAAUCUAUUUCUGUUUUCGCCAAACAACACUAAACCAUCCACCAACACCACCACAUUAACUUCAACCACUACGACAACAUCAGGCAACACAACGACCACGACCACAACCACCACCACUACUACAAUCACAACAGACGAUAAAACAACCACCAAUGCCACAACCAUAACCACAACAUCGACCAUAAUUAUUAAAACCACCAACCACUAAACCACCCAUCUUUGUUACCCACAACUAUAGUACACCCCUACAAAACUCUAGUUGUAUGACAACAUUGCCAACAAUAAUACUGUUUUCACCUUUAUAACAUUAGUGCACGACAUAGUUGUAUGUAGUAGUGGAAAUUAUUAAUCAGGAGUUUACAUUAUUAACUGCACAUGUUUGUGUGUUGUUUUUUUAAGUGUAUAUUAUAAUUUGUUAUUGUUUGUAUUUGUUUCUACCUUGUUUCUGAUUUUGUUUAUAUCAGCUUUAGAAAUAUUCGUCGUAUAUUUAAAAGUUUAUAUGUGUCUUGCUUAAAAACCUGUUACGUAUCUUGAAGAGAUAAUAA